UCUAUCUACGAAUAAUAUGAGUGGUGAGAUUCCCUUUUCUUAUUGUCAAUUGAGGAAUUUGGAAGGGCUUCAGCUUUCUGAAAAUAAUUUGUCAGGAGAGGUUCCUAAUUGCUGGAAAAAUUCCUCAAAUUUACUUCUUUUAGACUUAUCAAGCAAUAAAUUAGUCGGUGGAGUCCCUGAUUCGCUCUGUAAUUUGCAAACGCUAGAGUCACUGCACUUGAGUCACAAUAAUUUAUCCGGGCCGAUUCCUCAUUGUUUAAAGAGUUGCACAGAACUAUCUACUCUCGACUUGGGCCACAACAACUUUAUCGGGAACAUACCAACUUGGAUCGGAGAAAGCCUAUUGUCCCUGAAGACACUUAGCUUACGCUCGAAUGCCUUCAACGGUAGAAUUCCUCAAUUAUCUUCUCUAUCAUCUCUUCGCAUCCUGGAUCUCUCCAACAACAAUCUUUCAGGAACGAUACCACAGAGCUUUGGGAACUUCAGUGCGCUAAGAAGCACUCCUACGUAUCAUUGUUGUUACUUCAACGACGGUCGAGUCUAUGAAGAUGAUAUGUGGCUAUUUAUAAAAGGAAGUGAAUUCAAGUAUACCACCAGUCAACUUUCAAUUGAUGCACUUAUUGAUCUCUCCAACAAUAACUUAUCUGGAAACAUCCCUGAAGAGUUGGGGAAUUUGCAUGGAUUGCGGAGCUUAAAUCUAUCCAGAAAUUACCUUAUAGGUCAGAUACCAAGAAGCAUUGACGGAAUGAAACAACUAGAAGUUCUUGAUCUAUCAAGAAAUAAUCUCUCGGGUGAAAUUCCUUCUGGUUUGGCGGCCUUGAAUUUUUUGAACCAAUUGAAUUUAUCAUAUAAUAAUCUUUCAGGAAGGAUUCCCACCGGUAACCAGUUGCAAACUUUUACUGAUCCAUCCGUUUAUGCUGGCAAUCCAAAUCUUUGUGGCCCUCCUCUCCCCAAAAAUUGUACAGUGGAUAUAGUGAAGACUGAUGAAGAAGAGCAAAAUGAUGAUUCUUCCAAGAAUAGAAUUGAAACAAUUUGGUUAUACACAAGCAUCACAUUAGGAUUUAUUAUCGGAUUUUGGACGAUUUGUGGAAGCCUUUUGUUGUUACGGACAUGGAGGAUCGCAUACUUCCACGCCAUUGAUAACAUGUUUGACAAGCUAUACGUGAUGAUGGUAGUGACCAUGGCAAAAUACAAAAGGAAACUAUGA